UCCGCUUUCUGCACUCAGCCAACCCCUGCCGCCGAAACGUGAAGCUGUCGGUAUCCCACUGGUGCGCUGCAGUGAAGAAUCCACCGUGGGGAGUCGCUUUGCUGACAACAGUUUCUCCAGUGUGGUUUUUCUAUGCCCUGGGGAUAUCCUCGAGGCACAUCACGCAUUGGACGCCUUUGCGGUAGUAGAAAUGCAGCAGCGCACUUUCAUCCCACCACCACAACGAUGUCCGUGUUGCACAGCAAGCAGACCUAUAACACCCUUUUUCAUCUCUUACGACUUUGUCAUGAGUGAAAUUUCCUGGUCGGCCAACAAGGAGUGAAGACGCUUUUACCCGAGCCGUGCGAGCCCAAAGGACGGUGGUUCCGCUGCAGACGUUUGUGUGCCGUGAACCUCUGCAUUCGGGAUUUUUUUUGUUUUGUUUUGGUUUUUGAUGGAGCUGGAGAACAUCGUGGCCAACACUGUACUGCUAAAAGCCAGAGAGGGUGGAGGAGGCAAGCGGAAAGGGAGGAGCAAAAAAUGGAAGGAGAUCCUUCGUUUCCCCCACAUAAGUCAGUGCACUGAGCUGGGCAACAGCGUUGAAAAGGACUAUGUCAGUAUCUGUGAGAAACAGCCUAUUGGAAGGCAACUCUUCCGUCUUUACUGUGAGACCAGACCGAAACUGCAACGCUGCAUUCAACUACUGGAUGCAAUGGAAGAUUACGAGGUGACGCCUGACGAAAAAAGAAAAAGCAGAGGGGACCAGAUUGUCAAGACGUUUCUUUCCAAGCAAUCACCUCAGCGUGUGGACAUUGCAGAGGUCUUUGCAGAUCAGUGCCGAGAGAACCUUGAGCUCAGUCCAUGUAAGGAGAUCUUCAGCAACUGCCGCAAAGCUGUACACGACUACCUGAGCGGGGCUCCAUUUGCAGAUUUUGAGAACAGCAUGUACUUUGACCGCUUCCUGCAGUGGAAGAUGCUGGAGAGGCAACCAAUCACUAAAGACACUUUCAGACAAUACCGAGUGCUUGGGAAGGGAGGAUUUGGAGAGGUGUGUGCCUGUCAAGUUCGAGCGACGGGAAAGAUGUACGCCUGUAAGAAGCUGGAGAAGAAGAGGAUAAAGAAGAGAAAAGGAGAGUCGAUGGCGCUCAAUGAAAAGCAGAUUUUGGAGAAAGUUAACAGUAGAUUUGUGGUGAGUUUAGCGUACGCGUACGAGACCAAAGACGCUCUUUGUCUGGUGCUGACCAUAAUGAAUGGUGGCGACCUGAAGUUUCAUAUCUACAACAUGGGCACGCCGGGCUUUGACAAAGACAGGGUCCAGUUUUAUGCUGCUCAGAUCUGUUGUGGUCUCAAGCAUCUCCACAGGGAAUCCAUCGUCUACAGAGAUUUAAAACCAGAGAACAUCCUACUUGAUGACAAUGGCCACAUCCGUAUUUCUGACUUGGGCCUUGCUAUUAAAGUGCCUGAAGGGGAGUUGAUCAGAGGAAGGGUGGGGACAGUUGGCUACAUGGCUCCCGAAGUGAUCAACAACGAAAAGUAUGGAAUGAGUCCUGAUUGGUGGGGGCUGGGUUGCCUCAUAUACGAGAUGACCGCUGGGCGAUCGCCCUUCCGUGCCCGCAAAGAACGAGUGAAGAGGGAGGAGGUGGAGAGAAGGGUGCAAGAGGAAGAGGAGGAAUACAAUGACAAGUUUACAGAGGACACCAAGGAAAUCUGUAGAAGGCUGCUCACCAAAGACCCAAAGCAGAGGCUAGGGUGCAUGGGGGACGAAGCGGCAGGGGUCAAGGCCCACUCCUUCUUCAAGAACAUCAACUUCAAGAGGCUAGAAGCUGGAAUAGUGGAGCCUCCUUUUGUACCUGAUCCCCGGGCAGUCUACUGUAAGGAUGUGUUGGACAUUGAGCAGUUCUCCACAGUCAAGGGAGUCAAUUUGGACCAAACUGACAAUGACUUCUACUCCAAAUUUGCUACAGGCAGUGUUUCCAUCCCAUGGCAGAAUGAGAUGAUAGAAACGGAGUGUUUCAGAGAUUUGAAUGUGUUUGGCCCUCAAGGGAUGAGACCUCCAGACCUUGACUGGAAUCAACCUCCAGAGCCUCCCCGACGCAGCCUGCUGGACAGGAUCUUCAGGAGGCACCACCCGGAGGUGCCUAUUUCCCACAGCCGCGUGCAGUCUUCCAGUGUAAACUCUGUGGACUCUAUGUCCAACUCUGCCCCCUAGUGGUGCAGUUACAGCGUGGGAGCCAUAUAGGAAACUCUGAGGGUUCACCCACUGCUAAUUAGUUGACAGUCGGGUCCUGAGACUUUCUGCUCAAGGUCUCAUGGGUCAGCCCAGACCCAGGUACUCAGGCCAUUUUGUUUCUAGGGUGGUCAGAGAUGUCUUGCAAUGUUUGGACAAACCCUCUUACCCUCAGGAUUGUUGGAAAACAGAGAAGAGACACUCGUGUUGAUGAAAGAGUUAAAAGGAUACAAACUAAGCUUCUUUUUUUUUUUUUUUUUUCAUCAGGGGAACCAUUUUAAUAUAAAGACCCACUAUAGGAAAAGAAAAGUGGGCCCUGGUGAUGUUUCUUUUUUCCCCCAAAAUCAAAAAAGUUUUUUUAUUUCCUGCCCUGUACCCAACAGCUAACCAUCUAUCUAUACUAGUGCCACCAUCUGUGUAUCACUCGUCAUACUUUCUUAGUUUUACCUCAUAUUACUCCCUAACAUUCAGAACAGACAAUUAUGUCCACAACCUCAGCUCAUUAUUAAUGUCGCCUCAUGUACACUCAGGCCAAAGAUUACAAAUCAGAUGUGUGAUGUUGAUGUAGUGGUCUGAAGAUGUCAUUUAGAAUUGCGUGAGAUCAGUAUGUAGGCUGUUUGUUCAGUAUACUACACACAUUCUCUGUCGUCACAUUCCUAAAAUAAUGGCUUAAGUCAAUUUGUCGCCCAGAAAACACUAAAACUGAACCAAAGACUAAAUGUAUAAAUUAAUUGAUCAUAUAAUUUUGCAUGAGAUGGUCAACUGAAGAUCUAGAUGAUUUUUAACAGAGGUUACCAGCAUGUUUAAGAUAAAAAAUUAUUAUUUUUCGGACCAUUCGGUGUAUCGUAAUAUUAGGCACAAUAUCAAUGAUGGGUCUAUUUUAGAAACAUUGUCAUACAUAAGCUGCACAAGAUUAUAAAAUGUAUUAUCUUUGUGAGGCAUUGUGUGUUAAAUAGUUUCCUUAAUUUAUAUAAAUAAAAUAAUAUUGUAUCUUAA